UGUUCAGUGUCCAACAAAAAAAAAAUUAAAAUGUCAUUAUUGUUAUCAUUCCGUCGGGCCGGUUAUUCAACCGCAAAGAAAUUCAAUCGUUUUCACUUGAUUGAUAGAAAUCGGAACAGUAGAUUUAUAGAAAUAAACAGAACGAUGGCGAGCCAAGGCAUAUCCCCGCAAGAGAUUGAAGCACUAUGCAAAACACCAAGUCCCUCUACCAAGGACUUCCUAUUCCAACAAACAAUGUACCGCAUCAAAGAUCCACGUCAGUCAAUUCCGUUCUACACUGGAGUGCUCGGUAUGACAUUACUCAAGCAACUGCACUUCCCCGAGAUGAAAUUUUCCCUCUUCUUCAUGGGUUAUGAGAAUCCCAGCGAAAUACCAGCCGAUGAUAAGGAAAGAACUGCGUGGGCUAUGUCAAGGAAGGCUACUUUGGAAUUGACGUAUAACUGGGGCAGCGAGAGUGACGAUUCAACCUAUCACAACGGAAACUCUGAUCCGCGGGGCUUCGGCCAUAUUGGUAUCCUUGUGCCUGAUGUAGAUGCGGCUUGUGCGAGAUUCGAAGAACAAGGCGUGAAGUUUAUUAAAAAGCCGCAAGAUGGUAAAAUGAAGGGUCUGGCUUUUAUUCAAGAUCCCGACGGUUACUGGAUUGAAAUAUUCAACAAUAAGUGUGUGGCUCAGUAAUUUUGUUUGUAUGUCCAUGUGUAACUAGGCAACGGUGAAAUUGCUAUUGAUGUGGCUUAAAAAUAUUCAUUUGUAAUGUCGAAUUUAUUUAUAACUAUACUGUUUAUGGUAAAACUUUUAUAAUUAUAGAAGAAGCAAUAAUCUUAGUAGAAAUUUGUGGAGAAAUAUUUAUUUGAGUUAUUAGCAAUAAUUACUGUUAUAACAAAUAUCAUUAUGAAUGGUGGAUAAUAUAACGAAAGAAUAUAUUAAUUGUAAGUGAAAAAUAAAUUUUUUUAUAAGAAUUGUUUUAUUAUGUUGUCCUAAUUUGUGUAAUUUGUGAAUUGUAUUUUAUGAAUAAGGACAAUUUAAGAGGUUUUUUUAAUGUUUUUUUUUUUCUAAUUUUGUUUUGUUAAUAGUUAUUAGUUUUCACUUGUAAUCAUGUUUUGUAAAUGUAUUGUCAAAUAUACAUUUUAUUGUUAUA